AUGGUCACCACUAUCUCUGAAAACUUUUACAGAGCCUACCUCCCUCACUUGCCACUUAACCAAAUCAGCUCUUUACUAGAGGUGCAUGGAGCUGGGGGUGUCAAGCUACCUUAUUUGGGGUAUGUUGAGACUGUCAUUGCUAUACCCCCUGACUUUAUGGGUCAAGUAGUUGAAGUACCUGCACUGGUUCUUGUAGUGCCCACUACAGACUUCACCUCUAAGGUUCCACUUAUCCUUGGGACCAAUGUCCUGCGUGCUGCUUGUGAAAGCAACCCUGGUGACAGGGUAUCUGGGAGUUCUUCUCCUUGGACCAUGGCUAUCCAGUGGCUCUGUAGGCGUUGGAAUGACCUUAACAGAACUGAGAAUGUGCGGACUACGAAAGCUAUCACAAUACCCCCGUCUUGUAACCAGAUUAUUACCGGCAUUUGCAGGGGUCAUGCUCCACAGAUUGGUAUGGAGUUUUGUGCCACACAGUCCGUACUUCCUGGUUCACUUACACUUGUUAUUGGCGUUGUUGGAUUUCAGUCCAGCCACUCCACCACACGAGUCAAGGUUGAGGUUACUAACCCGUCCACAAAGGCUGUUACAAUUCCAGCCAAAACAGUACUUUGUCACUUGGAACAAGUUGCUGUAUUGGACGGCUUAUUCUCUGAGGAUGAUGUCCCUCAUAUUGGUUCUAAACCUACCAAACUACCAAAAGAGUUAUUUGAUCUGGACUCUCUGAGUGAUACUCACUCACCGGAGGAAAUAACUCAGUUGCGCUCUCUACUGAAUGAGUUUGACGAUGUGUUUAGCAAGUCUGAUAUGGACAUGGGACAUACUGACUUGGUCACCCAUCGAAUAGAACUCACAGAUGAGACUCCAUUUAAGGAAAGACAUAGACGUAUUCCACCCUCAAUGUAUCAAGAGGUCAAGGACCAUAUAAAGCAAAUGUUGGAUGCAAAAGUUAUCCGUCCAUCUGCUAGUCCAUAUGCCUCACCCGUUGUAUUGGUACGCAAACGUGACUCGACUCUGCGCUUCUGUAUCGAUUAUCGAAAAUUGAACAGUCGCACAGUUCGAGAUUCCUAUGCUCUACCACGGAUAGAGGAAACUCUUGAUGCAUUACAUGGGGCAAAAUACUUCUCUUGUCUUGAUCUUAAGAGUGGAUAUUGGCAAGUCGAAGUAGACGAGGAGCAUAAGGCCCGUACUGCCUUCACCGUUGGCCCACUUGGGUUUUACGAGUGUAACUCGAUGCCUUUUGGACUAACAAAUGCUCCGGCUACUUUCCAACGCCUGAUGGAGAGGUGUAUGGGCGACAUUCAUCUUCUUCAAUGCCUUAUCUAUCUCGAUGACAUCAUUGUGUUCUCUAAGACCUUUGAUGAGCAUCUUGAGAUUACGAGCAAUCUUUCAAAGAUUGCGCAAGAAUGGGCUCAAGCUUAA